UACCAUAGGCCUAUUCAGAGUUUUAUGUCAACAAGGUGGUUCGAUCCGGAAGUAGUUAGAUACUGAAGAACUGCCCUAAAGAAUGGCUGUGGAAACUUGGCGAAAAACGCUAAAAUGUUCAAAUAAAACAGCAUUAAUUCAUGAUGGAAAAAGAAAAGUGCACUACCUUUUUACAGAUGGCAAAGAAAUGGCAGAGGAAUAUGACAUACAUACUGAUGAGCUCCUUGUGCGAAAAUGGAGACAUAAAAGCACCCUAGGAGCUCAUGGACAGUGGCAGGUAGAGGUUGGAGAACCUUUUACGCUUGGCUCUAUGAACGCAGGGAUCAAAGAAAACAGUUCAAAUCCAUUUUUUAUGCGUAGAUUUCAGUGGAGAAUCCGCAACCUUCCUUACCCCAAAGAUGUCUUCAGUGUUUUUGUGGAGCCAUGUGAAAGAUGUGUAAUUGUGAAAACCUCAAACAAGAAGUAUUAUAAGAAGUUUAGCAUUGCUGAUCUUGACCGCAACCAGCUCCCACUGCACAAUGACGCCCUCAGUUUUACUCAUGCUAACAAUACUCUAAUAAUCAGUUACAAAAAACCCAAAGAGAUCUUAACCCUUGAGCUGGAGCUACUGAAAGAGCUGAAGAAACUGAAUGGAACAAGUGAAGGCGAUGCUGACUGCCAAACUCAGUGAGCAGUAAAAUGUUUAAAUAUGUUGAUGUAUUAAUCUAGUUUUUUAAAUAUGGUUAUCCUUAAACAUGUUAUUUGUUUGAUUAAUAAAAGGAAAUUCUCACUAUAUAAUUUAUAAUCUAA